AAUGAAGUAAUCAAUAAUCAUUGAAAUCACCUCCAAACACAUUCUUUAACAGUUCGAAUUGAGCGUUUUUAUACAAUUAUGAGAACAUUUUUCUCUUAAUGUGUAAAAACAAGUUCACAUUUUAUUGUGCUAACAUUUCACUUCACACGCGCUAAGAAAUAAUCAGGACUGAACAGGAAAUAAGACACAAUUUCACUCUUAAUUCCCUUUAUUUCCUGGUAUUUUCUCACGGAACUACAUUACCCACAAUGCCGCAGUGAGUUGUAAUUGGCUGGUGAGCGACGUGCCGUCAUUGUGACGUAAUCUGAAGGCGCGCGCGAAACCGUUGCAGCAGUGUGUGUGUGUUUGUGUUUGUAAUUUUUAACUUUGACGUAGUUUUUCCACGACAGUUUACGGUUGUUACACGGUGAAUGUUCAGACACGGGUGUUUACACGUCACUCCGGUUCAUUCUCAGUCAACAUUUCACGUCAGUUUUUGUCACCGACGUUCGUCAGGGACGCGUUAGCUCCAUGUUAGCUCGCGCUGCUGUUGGAGCCUCCACUAGCGUUAACGGUGAAAACACCCGGUUUUUCGGGUUGAAAAUAUAAAAGCGAGGAUGACGUCGGUGUUACAACAUCCAGGGUAUGACGAGGAGAAGCUGCGGAGAGUCACGGAGCAGACUCCGUGCAGAGAAGCACAGACUGGGCUGCUGCUCUCUCUGAUGGGACAGCCGCAGCAGUACUCUUACCCUUCCAUCUUUGUUUACGGCCAUCGAGCUUCGGGGAAAAGUCAUGUGAUGCAGGUUUUGCUGAAGGAGCUUGAGCUGCCUCACGCCACCAUCAGCUGCGUGGAAUGUGUUUCCAACGCGCUGCUGUUUGAAAAGAUGCUGCUCUCCUUGUUUGGCUGCGAGGCCGCCUCGCUGCUCCCUCGCACUCCCUCUCUGUCAGACUUUGUACGCGUGUACAGACAUCAGUGCGUCGACUCUCCUGCCACGCAGACGCGAUACAUCGUAAUGGAGAAAGCAGAACUUCUGCGAGACGCUGAUGUCAACCUCCUCCCCGCGCUGCUGCGACUUCAGGAACUGGUGGACGACAACCUCACCGUCAUCCUGCUCAGUGAAAUCACCUGGGACAAGUUCAGACCAAACACGGGCUGUUAUGAGCCACUUGUGCUCCAUUUCCCCGACUACAGUAAAGGUGAUCUGCAGCAGAUCUUGUCGAGGGACAGUCACCCUUCAUAUUCAGCCGACUUUUACUCGUCCUACAUUAACAUCCUGCUGGGAGUCUUCUACUCAGUGUGUCGAGACCUCAGAGAGCUGCACCAUCUGGCUGCCCUCAACUUUUCAAAGUUCUGCGAACCUUUGGCCGAAGGAAAAGUGAAAGAGAGCGACACACACAAGCUGUGGAGAAAUAUAGAGCCUCAUUUAAAAAAAGCCAUGCAGACGGUCUAUCUCCGAGAAGUCUCCAGUCUUCAGUGGGAGCAGAUGCAGCAAAUGGAGGAGAAGGAAGCAGGAGCUUUGAAAGGUUUAUCUGCUCACACUCACGUUGAACUCCCUUAUUACUCAAAGUUCCUGUUGAUCGCCGCCUACCUGGCGUCUUACAACCCAGCCCGCACAGAUAAACGCUUUUUCCUCAAGCACCAUGGUAAAAUUAAAAAAACAAACUUCUUGAAGAAAAACGAAAAGACGAGUAACCAUCUUCUGGGGCCGAAGCCGUUCCCUCUGGACCGCCUGCUGGCUGUUUUUUACAGCGUGGUUGACAGCAGAGUCGCUCCCUCCGCCAGUAUUUUCUCCCAGAUCUCGUCUCUGGUGACCUUACAGCUGUUGACUCAGGUUAGUCACGAUGACCAGCUCGACGCCCCCAAGUACAAAUGUGCAGUUUCUCUGGACUUCAUCUCUGCCAUUUCCAGGACAGUGAACUUUGAUAUUGUCAAGUAUCUUUACGACUUCCUGUGAGGCUGCAGUGAGAGAAGCAGAAGACAGGACGUGCUGUGACAGUAAGACAAACGGGGGGAUUUCUCUUGAUAAGGACACACUGAAGGAGAAAUCAUCUCAUUAUGUUGCUGCCCCCUUGUGGCUGAUAGAUGACCCUCUUCCUGUCACUUUCACACCAUUUGUUACAAAUAAAAGUCAUAUUGGCAAAUUGA